AGUAUCAGAGUAUCAGGGUCUGAGGAUGACUUUAAUCUGGACAAUUAUUUUAUUUCUCAACACAAUACCUUCAGCCCAAGCUGUGGAAUUUUACGGAACGUCAUUUCUAUCGUUGAUGUCUGGAGAAUGUGUUACUCUUAAAUGCCCAUUUGGAGACAGGCGUAAGGCUGAAAGUGUAGUCUGGUACAAACUCAUACUUGGACAAAUGCCUCGAAAAGUUGGAGAAAGAUUAGCGUAUAAGGAUAUCAACAUUUUUCCUGAGUUCAAGUCUUCAGGAUUUCUGAUGGAGGAGAGUGAUAACGGCAUUUCUCUGACAAUUUCACAUAUAAAACAAGAAGAUGGCGGACUUUACUACUGUGGAAAGUGUAACAUGGAUGAUGUUGAAUUGUCCAAUGGAACUUUCUUGGCUGUAACAGGUAAUGAAAAUGUAAAAGUGUCGGUGUUGCAGCGCGGCAUGUCGGACUCGGUUCCUGCAGGAGCCUCAGUGACUCUGCAGUGUUCGGUUCUCUCUGAGAGCAGAGCAGCAGAACUCCAAGUGCUCUGGUUCAGAGCUGCUCCACCACAAUCCCAUCCUCAAAUCAUUUACACUCAUCACAACAGCAGCCAUCAGUGUGAGAGCGGCUCUUCUACACACACCUGUGUGUACAACUUCACCAAGAACAUCCUCAGCCUCAAUGAUACUGGAACUUACUACUGCGCUGUGGCCCUGUGUGGGAAGAUCAUAAUUGGGAACGGGACACAAGUACAGCUGGAGAACAUUCCAGAAUUGGUAAGAUCUUUAGGUCCUGAAGUCAUCUACCUCACAGUAAUGGUGGCCGUGUGUGUGGUUGUGAUCUUCACUCAAGCUUUUAUAAUCUAUAAAAUGAGAAACUACAAACAAUCCAGAGUGAGACCUCAGCGAGAUUCUGCAGUAGAACCACCCAAUAAGGGUGCUGAUACAGCGGAGCUGAAUUACAGUUCUUUACAUUUCAGUAAGAAGAAUGCCAAAAGAGUGACCAGAAAGAGAGAAAAACCUCAAGAGUGUGUUUAUUCUGAAGUCUCGACUGCCCCCUAGAUUAUAUUUCUAAUUUGAUUUAUUCAUUAGGUUCAUUUUUCAGAAAAUAAAGUUUAUUACAUAUCUGUGGUCAGUGUUCUCAUGUCCUGUGAUGGAGAGUCAUGAUUCUAGAUAUGAGCUGAAAAAUCAAAUAUCUAUCAAAACAAGUUUAAUCUGUAAUUUAUUUCUGUGUAAUUCUAUGUGUAAAGUUCAGCACAGCCACCAAACAUUCUGUUUGUGUGGUGUCUAUAUGUCAAAACACCUACACACUUGUACUUGCAGCACAUUGUUUAUGCACACUGGAUCAUUUUCAAGGUCACAUAGUGAGGCAUUAAUAUUAAAA